UUUGGUUUAUUGACGAAAUAUUGCACUUCUGGUCAGGAUGGGUAAAUAAGCUAUUAACGUUCACAAAUAAAGUACUUAUGAAGGCGCACAGACUGGCGUUGUAAGGGUUUGAUUUACAAAGGACGUCAAGAAGACAACAGAACAUAAAUGUCAAACAAAGUGAUAGGCCAAUGUCGUGCAUAUCAUGAAUUUUAAGUUAUGUAAAUUUAAAAUCGUCGUGUGAAAACCACAAGCAUUACAAGCGAAUUCAGCUGUGAGGACGGCGAGGCGGAGGAACUGCCCUAAAUCAUUUCUGUCAGUGAGAUCAGAGGCAACUAGAAGAGCAAGCAGUCGGCAUAGUCAUGCUUUCUUGAGCGAUUUCCUAGUUCAGGUUUACUUCCCUUCGUCAAAUAACCCAUUUUUCCAUCACGUAAAAAACGGACAUGGCUAGGUUGCCAUUAAAGCUGCUGUUGUUUACGACAUUUGUUACCGUUGCUGCCAGUGGAUCAAGCGCUUGUCCAGUAGCGUGCAACUGUACGACGACAAACUUCAAAAACGUCUCCGUCGACUGCCGCGGCCAUAGUCUUUUCGAGAUCCCAAGCGAGCUUCCAGACAACACAACAAGCUUAGACCUACGAUCUAAUCCUGUAAAAUGUGACUGCCAAUUCUACCAUCGCUGGAAAAAACUCAGAACGAAAGGAAUUGCCUUACAAGGGAAAUGCAACACUACACGAGAGCAAGAUGGACCAGACUUUAAGGAUCUCACGAAUGAUUAUUUCAAGUGUGUCGUAGAAAGUGUCGAGACCUCGUCACUCCCGGCCGUCACUGUCUCAAUAACGCCAUCAAAAACAAGAUUUGCCACAAAAUCAUCUUUCAGUCAAGAUGUAAAGAAGCUUGAUCAGUUGGAAUUCUCUCCGACAAGUUCCAUUGUUAAGCCUUCUGCUGUUACCACCACACCUGGAAAAGUUGGGAAAAGUUCUUCUUCCAUCAUCAAGACUGGCAAACUACAACCAACACAUGCCAAGCCAAGUGCGACUUCGUCGCCAACUCGUUUAGUCACUAGUGGCUCGGUCCCUGUAACAACUCAACCCACGACACAAGAACCUCCGACGGUCAGAUUUGAAGACCCGGGAAAGGUGACUCUUGGUGAGACAGUUCAAGUCAAAUGUAUUGCCACAGGCAACCCACCUCCAGAAGUUCAACUGAAGUUCAAUGACCAGCUUGCUCAGGACGCCGAUGGUGUGAAAGUGAAAUCAGAUGGGUCAGAAAUAACAAUCGAAUUCAAAGCUAAGAUAAAUUCAACAAUUCUCUGUGAGGCAGAGAACGGCCUUGGACGAGAUAAACGCAAAAUGAAGAUUUCCGUAGAUCAAACUGGAGCAAAGUAUAUCCUGUUCAGAGUGAAGUUAACAAAUCAAGAAUUUAACGCUAAUAUGAACAACAAGGAUUCAAAGGAAUUCCAAGAUCUGGCCCGGAGAAUUAAGUCAGAAGUACAGUCAGCGAUGAACGAUGUUCCAAGGUUCCUUGGCGCUAACUUAAUGAGGCUUUGGCCAGUAUCAGUAAAAGCAGAUAUUUUGAUAAAAACAUUCCAAGACACAGGCAGCUCUGUAGAAAGAGCGCUGAAGGAAGAAGUCAAAGAUGCAAAACUUGGGAAUAUAGCCGUGGACCGCUACUUAUACUCAAUUGAGCAGAGUCAAGCGUGCCCUUCUGUGUUCGAGAAUGUUACGUGGGAUGACAUGGUUAACGGAGAUUUUGACCUACAGCCUUGUCCCAGAGGAGCUAGAGGUUUUGCCAAACGAAAUUGUUCAGCGGCGGGAUACUGGUACUACCCUGACUACACCAACUGUAAAAGUGACGGCUUUGACUCUCUCAGAGAUCAGUUCAAACAGUACUCAGCUGAUACUUCUAACAAAGGCGACACGGAGAAGAAUAUCCUAACAGGCUUGCAACAACUCUUAACCCUCUUAAAACCACACGAAGAUUUCGCAGUGCUGGCAGGAGACGCUGAUACAAGCGCGGAAAUGUUAGAAACUGUUGUAAAUUAUCUAACAAAAGAGAAUAAAGAUAUUGCUCACAGUGAAGCUGAAAUAAAGCAUGUCAUCGACGUGGCGAACCAUGUUCUUCACUGGCAUAACGAGCAAGAAUUAAUCAUGGCUCAAAAGUUUUUACAGACCGCAUCAAAAUUCAUCGGAGUUCUUGAGAAAUAUGGCCUUCAGGCUGCGAAGGUGGUUUCAUUUGGAGAAGAUAGAAAUCUAGCAAUAUUGAUAACUGAGCAUGUUGUUAUGGGUGCUGGAGUUGCCGAUCCUGAAGGAAUCUCAGAAGAUGUUAUUUUUCCAAACUACAAGUGGCCAGAGUUAGGAAUGAUCAAACAGCAAUGGAACAUAACAACGUUUGUGGUACUAAGUCAACAAAUGCUUAAAACCAUAAAAGUCGAUGAUGGAAUACGAAUUGCGGGAUUUCUAUUCAAAACUCUGACAAGAGUUCUUUCUUUUGAAAGUGCGUUCAGUGACGAAGGUCAGGCGUUUGAAAUCAACUCUGCUGUAAUUUCUGCCGCUACGGACCCAACACCGGCGGAAAAACUCACCGAGCCUGUCAUUAUUGCCUCUAGUAACUUGGAAGAAGUUAAUCUUGACGGUGCCGAACCGAUUUGUGCAUUUUGGGAUUUUAAUAUGAAUGCACCUCACGGAGGUUGGUCUGAUGAGGGUUGUAAUACUUCGUCAUACAACCGUAUGCGGACAACUUGCCAGUGCGAUCACAUGACCAAUUUCGCAGUGUUAAGGAAAAAACUUCUGCCCGCCUCGUUCCAAAGGGGAUUUACUGCAAUUAGUGACUUCAUCCAUUGGAUUUACAUCGCUUGUUGGAUUAUAAUCGCGUUUGCGGCGAUAACGUUUUUGACCCUCCUAGUUUUAAGCCCCUGGCUAAAGCCUGACCGUACAUGGGCAAUGCAUAUGUGUGUCUGCGCUUCUGUGAUUGUAACCUUCGUAUUACUCCUACUUGGCCUUGCAUCUUACAAUGACGUGGGACUGUGUAACCUCUUCUCCUUCUUGGUUCAUUAUUUUUACCUGUGCACAUUUUCUUGGAUUCUUGCUGAAAGUGUUUACAUGAGAACCUGGGAUACGAACUACGGGCCAAAGAAGAAAUACUGGAUUGGAUACUUCCUUCUCGGCUGGGGUUUGCCUGGUAUUCCGAUGCUUAUCACGUGGUUUAUGACUAAGAUGGCCGGCUUUGAGAGCUUCCUUUCGUGCUGGUUGUCAAUAUAUCCUAACCCUAACCCUCUAGUAUGGGUUUUCUUUGCACCAGCUUUAGUGUUCUUCCUGGUGAGCUGUUUUAUUUUGGUAAGAGUGUGGAGAGCUGUGACUGGAUUACGGAGACAAAGGCUAAAAGCAGAUUAUCCAAAAACACGAUUCAGAGUCCAUGUACGCUAUUGUAUCAUUCUGAUGAUCAUGUUCCUAAUUACUUGGUUGGUCGGCAUUCUUCUGAUCCAAUUUUAUUGGAAAGCGUUGUUAUGUAUUCUGUUCAUCAUUUGCUGUAUCAUUACGGGAUUGAUGAUACUGUUAUUUUACGUGGUCAUGGACCGCCAGGUCCGCGAUGCCUUUAGACAAUGCUGUUGUUACUGCAAACGAGGUCGACAAGGGAGCUACCGGGUUCAAGGAGAAGACGUUGGGAUUCGAAAGCAACAAGAGCAGUGCGAGUAUCGAGAGCCAGACACGGAACGUUUAGUUGUUGACGUGCCAGAAGAACAACCAGACCAUGAAAAUGACACUGCACGAAAAAAUGAAGAAAAGAAACGCGAGCACGAAGAACCGCUUUUGAGACAGAAAGUCAGGACUGAAUUGAAGAAAGAGCCCUUGUUGGAAUCUUCCGAAGAGAGCUUUGAUCCAUUGUAUGAGAGCGUUGAGCGGUCUAUUAGAGUUGACGUUCGGCCAGUCCAGCCCAAAGAGCUGCCAGAAACAGAGCCUGUAUAUGCUAAGGUCGAUUUAAGUAAGAAGCAAAAACCUCUCAGGCAUCCUGAAUCAGAUAGCGACGAUGACGAUUUAACUCCAGAAGAAAGGGAAGCACGAGGAAUUCGAGGAUUGACACGAGAGCAAGUAAUCCGCAUGGCGAAAAAAUCAGACGCCUCGAGGAAAGUCCUUAGGGAUUACGAAAGUCCUACAGGAAGCACCGAGGUCCUGGACCCGAAUCGGCCAGUUUACUUGUUAAAUCAGCAGGAACUUGAUGAAGAACUCAAACAAUUUCGAUUAUUCUUUGCGCAAAACCCAUCAGCUUUAUCAAGCGCACAAAGAACGGAAGAAACCGAAGCCAGCAGCAGUGUUUUCAGGAAGGAGACAUCCACCUCAGUGUCAAAAUCCCAAUUUUCGUCCUUUUCAUCGGUAAAAGAAGAAAGAAGUCUCUUACAGCGAGGAUAUGACAACAAAGAGAGUACUACAAAUUCAACCACUAAAACAGUCAUGAGUCAAGAGAAUCGUGAAGUAAAAACCAGUGUGAACGUCAAACAGACAUCUGCACUGAAAAAGGGGGCCACGGCAGCACUGAUUUUAGAGGAAACAGCGAUUGAUUCUUCCUUAGAAGAAUUGGACAGAAGGAAUGAGGAGAACAAUAAAACUGACCUGUUAAGCAAACCUACAGCUGUGAGUGGCAAUGAUGCUGACAACCUACGUUCAAGUUUGUUGAGUUACUUUACUUCACAAUAUCAGCAGGGUGAUACGACAGGGGACAACUGGCGUGAAUUAUAUGAAGCACUCAAAGAGUGAAUUUGUAAGAUUGUACACCGUUUUAGAAUUAAGUACUUAGUAGAAUUAGAUAUUAAACGAGCUAAAAAUGCCAAACGCUAAACAGUUUGUGUAUAAUGAGAAUUGUUAUUUCCCUGUUAAAAUCGACAGUCGCUGUGGCUUAAUUACAGGAAAAUUUGUAACAGUAACACAACAUGGGAAAGUGUAGUGACUCUGAUGAUGACUUCCAUACAGGUUGUCGAAACGUCAGUCACCAUCACAGUCAAUAGUCCUUCUCAGGACUACACUCACCCGGACGAUUGCAUUACACUUUCCCAUGUUACCCCCGGGUUCAACCAUUUACUAUGCAACUUGCUCAAUUACUUUUUUCUGGAAUUUCAAGACCUCACUUUUUAUGACAAACUUUUGUACUUUUAUAUUUUUCAUACCACUUCUCCACUGUUAACCACUAGCUCUGUAAUUCGGGCUCAGAGAAUGCUCGUGUUGCAGGUUAGUACAAAGGUUCUUUAUCAAAAGUACAACUUUGAGAAUUAACUCAUCUUAACCACAAGAAAUGAAUACAAAAAAAAAACCCAAACAAUUGCUACAACAAGCUGAUAUUCUAAGUUUCAGGUGAACAUGGCUAACUAGGUGUUUCAGUUUCUGAAUAUCAAGUCACCUGAUAGUGUUAUUACAAUUUUUCAUGACACUCUGUGCAUGCAGCUAGUUUGUGUUAUAAGCUAUGUGUGUCAUUUUAGGAUCAUGAUUACUGUAGAUAGUCUUGUCCAAUAUGUUGGUUGAAGUAUCAAUCGAGAGUCGGUCCAUACUCUGUGGUCGACAGAUAGUCAAUACUUGACUGUCGAGAGUUGGUUGACAGUCAGUCCAUACUUGAUCCAUAGUUGGUCUCUGUUGUGUCGACAACCAAACAAUAAUCGGUUGAUAUAGCGACCACAUAUGGGCCGAGUGUCGGUCAAUAUUUCGUAGAUGCAUCUCGACCGAGUAUCGGUUAUAUCUCAAUGGAAUAUUAGCGAUAUAUUAGUCAACUAUCAAUGUUAUAUCAGUCGACUGGUAAGUUGAAUAUCAGUCAUGUGAUAGGUAUCAAUCAAGUGUGUUAAUGUAGUAGAUAUAUAUCAAAUAUAGUCUGCAGUCUGCGUUUUAAGGUGACCAGUUUUAACCAAUGGUAACCUUUUCUACAAUUCCCUGGCUAAGUUUGCUUGUGAUCCAUAAAUGUCCCAGUUUAGUUAAUUUCUGUAAAGGUAUAUUUAAGGUUCACAGACAGGAGCAUGUAGAGAAUGCUUUUUGAUAGACAAUCACUUAAGUAGAGGACUUCAGUAGGGGUGGUGUUCAUAGAAGUUUCCCAGAGGAUAUAAGUGUAGUAGAAAACAUGGAGGAAUUUUUUUGUUCGUGUUAUCAUUUCUAAGCCCUUUAUCAGUAUAAUGUGCAAUAUUUUUGUAAGCAUUUAGUCAUAAUCACUCUGGGACUCGAAAGAGUUUUUAGGGCUACUUCAAAAUUAGUAAAAAAGUAGUUGAUAGGUAGUUAGGGGAAUAAGUCUAAUAAAAGACUCGAGGACGUGGA